GCUUUGAUCAAAGGGGCCGGACCAGAAGACAGCACAUUCUCUGGGAAUUGUGAGAGACUUUGCCGUCAAACGGACAUUUGGUGCCCAAUGCCUCUUCCCUUUGGAGGCGCUGAUUUGUCGGCAAGCCAGACACGUCUUGAAACCGGGAGCUGACCAGAUCAACCGAUGGUUGAUCCCGGCGUGGAGGGGAUUCGAGGCUGCGGCCAGACUGACUCGAGUCUGGAUGCGGCUCGUUUAGGACGCCAACUUGCAAGUGUCCGGCCGUUUCCAAGUCGAUUCCAGAAGAAGGAUAGUAGGAAGAAAACGAAGUAG